AUGGAUUCAAGGAAUUUAUACUUGUGGAAUAUUGUUCCAGAUGUCAGGAUUGUGAUUAUUGUGAUUUGUCUCGCAGGUGGAUUUUCAAAUGGAAUUGUAACGCAAUCAAUCGCUCAAACAGAAAGUGUGACUGUGAUAGAUUAUGUGACCUUAUUGGAAGUCACUUCGAAAACUAAUGACGCUACAUUGCCAACUGAGUUGCCUUCGAAUCCUACUCAGAUGACAAGUAGCCCUACAACAAACACAGAAAACACUAACACGGACGCUUCUACAAUGUCAACGUCAAGGGAACCGUCUUCUCAGUCUACUUAUACACUGAUCCAAACUGAUCUUGCAACAGGCCAAACUACAGUGGCAUCAGGAACUAUUACAACGGAGGCGUCAACCGAAACUUCAGCUAUGACAGACUCUUCCGUGUUCCAGACGAGUUCUGCUACAUCGUCAGAUCAGCCAACUGAUGCAGUCACGGCAGAACCUACUAACCCUACGGAAGUCUUUAUUGUUACAAACACAUUGGACGUUUCAACUGGUACACCAGCCGUACAGUCUACCAUAGUGACACCUGCCACCAUAAAAACGGAUCAACAAUCUUCAACUCUUAAUUCGAAAAAUACUGAAUCGCAAACGGAGUUAUUAACCGAUACAUCACCGGUGCAAUCAAUCUCAUUUUCAACAUCAACUGGUGUCAUGACAGAAGUGGCAACUCAGAUUAGAAGUGAAGAAACAGCUAAGAUAGUUUCCAGUGACACGACUCAGGUGAAAACCGAUGACAUCACUCAAGUAACAACUUAUAAAACGACUAAAAUCGCUACAAACGAACCGACUCAGAGCACAACUGAUGGGAUGACUCAAAUUACAACUAAUAAAAUGACUCAGAUCAUGACGGAUGAAUGGACUCAGGUGACAUCUGACGUAACAACACAGAUCACAUUCGAUAAAACGGCCAUGAGUACAACUGACAAUCUGACUGAAAGUAUCACUAAAAUGAAAACUGGUGAAACAACUAAGAUGACGACUGAUGAAACGACUAAAGUCACUACCAAAGAAACGACUCAGACCCCAACUAAUGGAAUGACUCAAAUUACCGCCGAUGAAUCGACUCAGAUCACAACCGAUACAACGGUUCAGACUACAAAUGACAACCUAAUUGGAGGAACCACUGAAAUAAUGUCUGAUACAACGACUCAAAUCAGUUUCAUAUACCCGACUGAGUUCACAUCUGAUAGGAUGACUCAUAUCAAAACUGAUCGGACGACUCAAAUUUCGACCGAUGAAUUGACUCAGGUGAUAACCGACGAAACUACACAGCUCAGAACUGAUAGUUCAAUUGACAAACUGACUGACAGCAUCACUCAAAUAAAAACGGGUGAAACAACUAAGACGACGAAUGAUGAAACGACUACAUUCAAUACCAAGGACACGAAUAAGAUUACAACUACUGGAAUGUUUGAAAUUGCGACAGAUGAAACUGGUACAAGUAUACAACUGACAACUGAUCAAUCGACUCGGAUGACAAGCGAUCAAACGACUGAGAGUACAAAUACCAAACUAACUAGUGGAACAACUCUUAUCACGAUUGAUGAAACGGCUCAAAUUAGUACACAAGAACCGACUCAGAUAAUGUCCGACAGAAUGACUCAUGUUACUACUUAUGAAUCGACUAAGAUAACAGCCGAUACAACGAUUCAGAGUACAAAUGACAUACUAAUUGGAGGAACCACUGACAUAAUGACUGCUAAAGCGACUCAGAUCAGCUUCGAUUACCCGACUGCGACCACAUCUGAUAGAAUGACUCAUAUUAGAUCUGAUGAGACGACUCAUAUUUUGACCGAUGAAUUGACUCAGGUGACAACUGGCGAAACCGCACAGAUCACAACUGAGGGUUCGAUUGACAAACUGACUGACAUCAUCACUCAAAUAACAACUGGUGAAACAACUAAAAUGACGACUGAUGAAACGACUAGAAUCACUACCAACGAAAUUACUCAGAUCACAACCGAUACAACGGUCCAGACUACAAAUGACAAGAUAAUUGGAGGAACCACUGAAAUAAUGUCUGAUACAACGACUCAAAUCAGUUUCAUAUACCCGACUGAGUUCACAUCUGAUAGGAUGACACAUAUCAAAACUGAUGGGACAACUCAUAUUUUGACUGAUGAAUUGACUCAGGUGACAACUGGCGAAACCGCACAGAUCACAACUGAGGGUUCGAUUGACAAACUGACUGACAUCAUCACUCAAAUAACAACUGGUGAAACAACUAAAAUGACGACUGAUGAAACGACUAGAAUCACUACCAACGAAAUUACUCAGAUCACAACCGAUACAACGGUCCAGACUACAAAUGACAAGCUAAUUGGAGGAACCACUGAAAUAAUGUCUGAUACAACGACUCAAAUCAGUUUCAUAUACCCGACUGAGAUCACAUCUGAUAGGAUGACUCAUAUCAAAACUGAUGGGACAACAGAUAUUUUGACCGAUGAAUUGACUCAGGUAAAAACUGACGAAACUGCACAGAUCACAACUGAGGGAUCAAUUGACAAACUGACUGACAGCAUCACACAAAUAAAGACGAGUGAAACAACUAAAAUGACGACUAAUGGAACGACUACAUUCAAUACCAAGGACACGACUAAGAUUACAACUACUGGAGUGUUUGAAAUUACGACGGAUGAAACUGAUACAAGUAUACAACUGACAACUGAUCAAUCGACUCGGAUCACGAGCGAUCAAACGACUGAGAGUACAAAUAGCAAACUAACUAGUGGAACAACUCAUAUCACGACUGAUGAAACGGCUCAAAUCAGUACCCAAGAACCGACUCAGAAAAUGUCUGAUGGAAUGACUCAUGUUACAAUUGACGGGACGACUCAAAUUAUGACUGAUGAACUGAUUCAGGCUACAGCUGACAAAAUAACUCAAAGUACCAUUGACAAACUGACUGAUAUUAUCACUUUUCUCACAACUGAUGGAACGCCUAAAAUCACAACAGAUGAAUCCUCUUUUAAAACAACCAAGACAACUGAUGAAAAUAGUCAGUUAACAACUCACAAACUGAGUGAUCAAACGACACAGAAUACAGCGGGGACAACAGACACAUCAACAACCAAUGACGCACUACUUGCUACAAUCGAUGGACAAUCGACCGCACCAGCCACGAGUCGUACAACCAAUAUGACCACUGAUGUCCUGUUGACCACCGAUCAGAAUAUUGAACCUGUUAUAACGACCAUAAAACAUACAACAGCCCUUGUUGGUUGCAUAAUGCCAGUCGAGCUCGACCCUGACAUUUACCCAAGUGUGAGGAAGGACCGAUAUGACGUAAAUGACUUCAUCAUCCUAUACUGUCCACCCCCUCCAUAUGUCUUCUCUGGGGAAAUAUUCUCUCAGUGUACAGAAUUUGGAUGGGUACCAGAUUUCUCUGCAAACGCGUGUUACGCCCCCUGUUCUGCCCCAGGAGUUCCAGCCUAUCUAACACAUGGAGAUGCAUCAUCUGGAGAAAGCAAAGAUCAGUAUGAUCACGGAACCACAUUGGCUUUUUCUUGUACUACUACAUGGCGAGUACUGAGCUCUACGCCGAAUCCCACUUGUAAUGAUGGAGCAUGGGUUGGUCUAGAGUUUCCAACGUGCGAAGACCCAGUGUGCACCAUUCCUAUCGAUCUGGAUCCGGAUAUCCGAAUCGAUCCGUCUCAAGUCGAAUACAUGUUAGAUGACCUCAUACUUCUCUACUGCCCUCCUGUACCAUACGCCACGAGAGGGACAGCUUUUUCUGUAUGUACAGAGGGAAGGUGGGAGCCAGAUAUAUCAGACAAUGCUUGUUAUGUUGCUGGGACAACGGAGGCAGUCACCACAUCGGAACCCAAGCCCAUCUUCACCCAAGAGUACUUCACUCUUCCACCCGAUGGAGAGAAUUGUACAACUUAUCCUACAAUCCUGGACGAUGAUAUCUACGUGAUCCCGCAGCAGUCCCGGCUUGAUAACCAAUUCAUCCACGGUGAUAGUUUUCUUCUCUACUGCAAUAACACCAUCUCAACUCCUAUGAUCUGGUUUACAUUCUGUUGGGAUUCGAGAUGGUACCCUGACCCAUCUCAACGAUUCUGCUACAGAACAUGCACCGCUCCGUCCGUCGCAGACAACAUUCUUCAUGCCGAGAGUGAUACAGGGCUAUCUUCAGACACGUACUAUCUUCACGGAAAGAACAUCAAUUUCAAUUGCACCAUACCGGAUAGAUCGACUCUCAUUGGACCGAGCUCGUCGUUAUGCAGGGACGGGACAUGGAAUCCAUCAAACGUUCCAACUUGCGAAGUAUCUUCUACGACAUACAGUUAUAGGACAACUGAACGGGACACUGAAUUUCCGUUAACAACCGCUAGAGACAGCACUUAUGCAUUUUCUGAGUUGUUGGCGAGUGAAACGUCAAGUACAGCGACUGAAGAGCUUAGUUCACCAGAACUCACUGAUUUCGGAAGCACAACGAGUUUCGGCACAGAAAAGACACAGGCCACAGACCCUACAAUCUGGACUACAUUUAAUCCCAGUCAGUCAACUGAUGGCGAAAUCGAUGUAACGUCAUCAGGAACCGAUGAUAAUGUAAGUGCCUUACCAUCAGUACGUCAAACAGACGAGACAAACGUGUUGGGAUCCACUUCCACAUUCGCGUUACAUACUACAUCUGAUGAAACUGACCAACCGUUAUCAACAGCAUCACGUACUGACGUUACAUUUGGUACCUUGCUUACAACGGCUUAUGACGCUACCACCACAGACAUAAGACCUACUGCUGAUGAAGUAACCGCUGCGAUAUCAAACACCAGAGACGCUCAUUCUACAUUAGACCCCAUGUCCCGUAUGACAUCAGUCCUUCAAACAGAGCAGACACGAGUGACAGUGCCUAUUACCUCAGUCGCAUCUACGGAAUCUGAUGAAAUGAAUCAACCAACGUCAGCUAUGUCAAGUUUUGACGUUACAUUUGGUACCCUGCUUACCGCGGCUUAUGGCGCUACCACCGCAGACAUGAUACCUACUUCCGAUGAAGGAACCGCGGCAACAUCAUCAAACACAAGAGUCACUCUUACUACAUUAGACCCCGUGUCUCGUAUGACGUCAAUCCGUCAAACAGAGCAGACACAAGAGCCAACGCACAUUACCUCAAUAAGAGCACAUACUGAAGCUGAACAAACAAACCAACCGACGUCAGCAACAUCUCGCAUUGAUGCAUUAACCUUUGGUACCUUGAUCACAACGGCGUAUGGUGCUACCACCCUAGACAUGGGACCUACAUUUGGUGGAGAAACGGCUGCAACAUCAUCACGCACAAGGGAUUAUCUUCCUACCUCAGAUCACGUGUCUCAUGUGACACCAGUCCGUCAAACAGAGCAGACACAAGGGAUGGAGUCAAUUACCUCAGUCGUACAAACGGAAUCUGAUGGUACGGACCAACCGUCGUCAGAAACAUCAAGCAUGGGCGUAACCUUUGAUACCUUGGUCACAACUGUUUAUGGCACUACAACUCCAGACAUGGAACAUACAACAAUGACGAUCGCUUCUUCACAAAGCGGUUCAGUGACCGAAACUCUCUCAUCUUUUAUGACCUCUGUACCACACACACGGACGGAAACUCCUACUCAGAUCAAUGGAAUCCCUACAAUGACUACACAAUACCUUUACCCCGUGACAACAGGGACAAAUACGCCUGAUACCGUUAGCACAUCGAUGGAGACUACCGAACCAACAGAGCCGGACAGAGGUACCACAAUGAUGGUUUCCACGAGUAAAACAUCGGACAAAUAUCCAUUUACAACGAAUCCUCAAGAAACAUGGUGCGUGCUACCAGUUAACUUUGACCCUGACGUCAUAUUGAGCACGACGAAGGAUCGUUAUGACGUUGGCGAUUUUCUCAUCCUAUCUUGUCCUCCACCACCUUACACUGCUGUGGGCGAGGUAUUCUCUCAAUGUACGGAGACAGGGUGGCUACCCGACAUCUCCAACAAGGCAUGUUAUGCUCCAUGCUCCGCGCCAUCAGUGCCAUCGCAUCUAACACAUCAUGAGCAAUCCACGGGGGGCACACUACCAGAGUACAAACAUGGUGCCGAGCUCUCCUUCAAGUGUAAAGUGACUUCGAAAGUUUUGAGUAACACAUCUAGCCCAGUAUGUGUCGAUGGUGUGUGGGAUCAACUCAGUUACCCGACGUGUGAAGCUCCAUGCGACCCACCAUUAACAUCUGCACCGGUGACAUACACCCACUCCACGGGUCUGUUUCAUUCAGGGAUGUAUACUCACGACUCUGUGCUGGAAUUCACGUGUACCAAUGGGUUAUUGACUGGUCCAACAGGUCUGGCUUGUAUCGACGGGACAUGGAGUCCAGAUGCAUUACCUCUAUGUAUAAUAUCUGGAUCGAGCGAAUAUACAGCUUCUACACUGGAACCACAACCCGUGUUCACCCAAGAAUACUUCACGCUGCCCCCGGACGGCCAUAAUUGUACAACUUAUCCUACAAUCCUGGACGAUGAUAUACAUGUGAUCCCGCAGCAAUCCCGGCUUGAUAACCAAUUCAUCCACGGUGAUAGUUUUCUUCUCUACUGUAAUGACACCAUCUCAACUCCUAUGAUCUGGUUUACAUUCUGUUGGGAUUCUAGAUGGUACCCUGACCCAUCUCAACGAUUCUGCUACAGAUACUGUGAGGUGCCUGAAGUUCCUCCGGACGUGCUGCACUUCCUGACUUCAACAGGAAAUUCAUCUACGACAUUUUAUGAACAUUCUAGUGAGAUCCGUUUUAACUGCUCUUCUACCACAAGACCCAUUCUUCAAGGUGCGGAGACCAUGGUAUGUACAGAUGGUAUAUGGUCACCUACGGAAGUUCCAACUUGCACAGUGUCUCACUUUUACACGUUUUCUAAUGUUCACGGACCUGCUGAAAAGCAGUCUGUUUGA